UUGUAAAUUCCUAAUCUCCGUUGAAUUUUCUGAAACCCUAAUUGCCUUUCAGAAAUUGUAGCAAUUUAGUAUCUGUGCCUGAAAUAAUGGAGGUCUUCGCCAUCGCCGAUGCUGUUGCAGUGGCAACGACCCAUAGUAUAGGGUUUGCCAAUUUCAUCCUUCGGCGCCAUUGCUUUAAUUGUUUCGGCAACUCCUCUAUUCUCUGCGGUUCCUCGUCUGAAACGUCGUAUACCACCGGAGUUGCUGGAAUUUCGGCCGUUAUUGCUCCGCCAGCAGUCAGAUCGUAUACCUAUAGACCCGCUCCCCGGACGUUCACUAGACAGCAGAGGCGUACGAGGAGAAGACCUUCCACGGGAGACCCUGAGGACGGCGGGGAGGAUGGAUUCUUCGGCGAUGGCAACGAUGGUCCUUUUGGCGGGGGCCGUAGCGGGGGCAGCGGUGGAAGAGGAUGGAAUUUUGACGGAUAUGGGGGGUUUGAUUGGGAGGAGUCUUCUUAUUCAUCUUUUUCUGAUCAUGCUCUCGAUUUUUUCUACGAGGUAAUUUGCUGGGUUGCUUUCUCUAAUUGCUUGCACUUCGCGUUCAAGAAGCUCGUUAGAAUUGUAGCAGCUGGGAUUGGCGAUCCUUCUAGGGAUAAAGUUCCAAUGAGAUUGGUAUAGAUGUGCUGAAGUGGAUAUGUUGCCUCGAAUAUUUUUUUUACAAGAGCAAUCGAGGAUAGUCGGGGUUUUUAUUUGUCAAUUUAGGUCUUGAACUUUGAUAAUUAUCCUUUCGAUUAUAGUAUAUAUGUAUAUAUCUUCUCACUCGCACUGUAGAUAACCCUUUUAUGAUUUGUGGCUGUACAGAGUCUACAGA